AAAUGUGUUCGACAUUUCAAUUAGGGUUCAACAAUUUCAUCAAUUUUACCAGGUUCUGCCCUUUUCUUUUCUUUACAUAGUUUUCCUACUACAAUGAUUUCUUAGAAAUUUCCCGAAUUUUUCAAUUUAUUUUUUAAAAAAAUUCCCAUUGUUGAAGUAAGUAGAUUGAGAUUAAAAGUGAAAAUGCUGUGUAGUUUUGCAGUGAAAGCAAGGAGUUUGAGAACUAGGGCAUUUUCCCCUUUGGCAGUCGGAGUAAUGGGGUCUAAGAGGCUCCUCUCAAACUCAUCCGUGUCGGCUUCAUCAACUGUUGAGGGAAAGACAGAUAAGAAGCUCAAGGGAUUAGCUACUGCAGACCUAAAUUCUGAUGAGGGUGAAGUUAAGGGGAAUGGCGGGAAAGGAAAAGUGGUUGAGCAGGGCAAGAAUGAUGAUAGAGAACAAGGUUUGGUGGGUACCAAUCAUGAUUCCAGAGAUGGUGUUUUUAAGGAUAUCAUGAAUGAUCCUGGCAGAAUCAACUCAAUGACAGUUCAACAACUCAAGGCUGCAUUGCGGAAUGCUGGCCUCCCUGCCAAAGGUUGCAAGAGUGAACUUGUAUCUGCCUUGAAGAGUUAUUUGGAUAAGCAAUUAGAUGGUGAAAGUUCUCAUUUGGAAGAUGAACAACUUUCCUCCAUUUCUGCUCAAAGCAUCUCAGUGACAGGAAAGACUAAGACAUUUUCAGCUGAACUUGAUGCUAAAAUUGUCAUGAAAGGAAAGAAGCUUUCAAUCAAGGAAAAGAAGCCUUCUCAAGCAAUCAGGAAAGCAUCUUUGGUUAUUGAUGGCAAAGACGCCAAUGAUGGAGUUAAUGUUCCAAUGAGUCAAAGUGAACCAUGGACAAUUUUUGCCCACAAGAAGCCUCAGAAAGGGUGGAUAGCCUAUAAUCCACGAAUCAUGAGGCCUCCAUCCCUUAUGGGAGAUACUAAAUGUAUGAAACUAAUGUCUUGGAAUGUGAACGGGCUGAGAGCGCUGCUGAAGUUAGAGGGGUUCUCUGUUCUUGAGCUUGCUAAAAGGGAAAACUUUGAUGUAUUGUGCUUACAGGAAACUAAACUGCAGGAGAAAGAUGUUGAGUCAAUCAAACACUCUCUUUUAGAGGGAUAUGAGAAUAGCUUCUGGACAUGCAGUGUUUCCAAACUUGGCUAUUCUGGUACAGCAAUUAUAUCCCGGAUAAAGCCACUUUCAGUCAGAUAUGGCCUGGGCAUAUCAGAUCAUGAUAGUGAAGGUCGUCUGGUGACGGCUGAAUUUGAUACAUUUUAUCUGCUAAGUGCCUAUGUUCCUAAUUCUGGAGAUGGCUUGAGAAGGCUGCCAUACAGGGUUAAAGAAUGGGAUCAAUCUCUUAGCAAUUACAUGAAGGAGCUGGAAAAGUCAAAGCCUGUCAUUUUGACAGGUGAUCUCAAUUGUGCACAUGAAGAGAUAGACAUUCAUGACCCUACCGGGAAUAAGAGGAGUGCUGGGUUUACAAAUGAAGAAAGGCAGUCUUUUGGAACAAACUUCAUAUCCCGGGGAUUUGUGGACACCUUUAGAAAGCAACAUCCUGAUGUUGUUGGCUAUUCUUACUGGGGUUAUCGACAUGGUGGCCGCAAAACAAAUAAAGGUUGGCGGCUAGACUACUUCCUCGUCUCAGAAUCCAUUGCUGACAAGGUUUACGAUUCAUACAUUCUUCCUGAUGUUACCGGUAGUGAUCAUUGCCCUGUUGGCCUUAUACUGGCACUCUAGUUAAACCGUUAGUAUUUUAGCUAUUGUUCAGACUACCAGAUGGAAUCAACCCAAAAAACCAACUUCCAAGAAACUUGAUGGUGCGGACAGUUGGAAAAAGCAGAUGUAAGUGACCAUUUUGCUGCCCUAAUCCCAGUGAGAGAAACUGUUUCAUAGCUUAAGUUAUGCUAUCAGCUCUGGUUUUCUUUCCCCCAUGAACAAAUUUAUCAAACAUUUUGCAAGGUCAUCUCCCACAUGGGAAGGGGGUAGAACUUAAAUUUCCAGAGCUUUCACUGAAAUUUUAAUUAGUCAGUGUUUGUACAGUCUAUUUUCCUGAUAUGAUAUCCACUUGGUAGUGGUUGUUU